UUCCUACGUGUUCUUCGCGAGAAGAAGGAAGUGGGAAACUGGGUUUUUCGAAAUCUACUUGAAAAUUUAAAUAAAAUUUACAAUUUUUUCAGACCCAUUGUACAAUAAUUCAUAAAAAUCUGCGCGUUCUUUCAGUUUUCAUUCAGUGUGAAUAGCAUUAUGUACUGAUUUCGAGGUGAUAUUGAGUAUUUUCAGUUUUAGUUUUCCAUUUUUCUUGCGGUGUUUUUAUCACUCAAUAAUGAAAACUAAUCUAAUACUCCUAGUUUCUUGUAUCGUUGUUGUAUUCGUUUCACUGGUCGACAGCAAUAGCUACGACGUUAAAGAAUUAAAAUGUCAGAUUUGUACCAGAGUAAUCGAAGAAAUACGUAAAAAUAUCUCUCAAGUUGACAGCAAACGAACCAUAAGCAUCGGCGGUUUUCGUAUAGAUGACGAAGGAAAUUAUCUGCAAAAAUCUACUCUUUACUAUCGAUCGGAAGUAUACUUGACCGAAUUAAUGGAGAAUAUUUGCAAUAAAAUGGACGAUUAUGUGCGUGCGACGUUCAAGGAAACUGGUAAAUUGACCGUCAUUCCUUUAAUUGCAGAAGAUGGUAAAAUGAAUCCUAUCAUGAGUGAAGUGGACGUUGUACAAGACUCCGAUUUGAAUAAAAGCCUUAAAUACUAUUGCGAAGAUAUACUUCACGAACACGACGAUGAAUUCGUUCAAGAAUUCAGUAAUGAAGAGGAAAACGCUAUUGUGAACAUCUGUGCUCGCGCCGCAGCUUUUUGUGAUGAAGACAGUAUUCCACCACCUACUCCAAAAGUCGUGGAUGAAUUGUAAAAAUCUUUAACGCCUGGAUGUAAGCACAAAAAUACUUCAAAGUUUUGGUCUCGUCGAAUAAGCGCAUCAUUUUUUCCUCAAUAUUUUUUUUAAAUUUUGAAAUAUGUAUCUUGGCCCAUCUGCGUUUCAGUUGGAUUUCAAUUUCAUUUAUUCAAAAAUUAACGACGAACUGAUAUGAUUAAGAAUCGUUUCAUUGAUCCUGUGAUAUACGUAUAUUUAAGUGAAUUGUUAUACUAACCGUAAAUUUUUUAAAAAUUUUUCAUAAAAAUAAUCAAAAAAUUUGUAAUUUUCAUGGCAUUGCGUACUCCUUAUUUAUAAUUUUUCAAUACAGUAAAUUCGUGUUUCGUUUCAAUUUUCAGUUAUAAAUUUUAUGUAUUCUGUGAAUGUAAUGAUGGCAAUUAUUAGCCAACCCAUUUGUUUUCGAAAAAAGUUUUGAUUUUGCCACGUCAGCGUGUAUAUUUGAUUUGCUUUUAUGUAGAAUUGUAGAUGCCUGUUGUGGAAAUAUAUUUUUUGAAUGUU